UUUACAGUGCGGAAAAUAUCACCCGUCGACAAAAUGUAGGGGGUAGUUUGGGAUAUAAAAAAAUGGCAGGUUAGUCAAUAUUAUUCAUUGACGCAUUUACUCUUCGCUCAAGUCUGUCCUAUAUCUUUCGCUUUGCUUCGCAUGGAAGGCGUAGUGUGCAUAAGUUGUGGCAAUCCGCUACAAAAGGAUGAGAUUCCCAUAGAGGCGCUAUGCAGCAAAUGGCACCGCAACUGUUUCAAGUGCUCAGAGUGUAAACGGCAACUGUCGUCUGUCUAUUAUGCUCGUGGCAAGACGCUUUAUUGCAGAAAAGACUACACGGAAAAAUUCCGAUCGAAGUGUCACGUCUGCGAGCAAAAAAUUAGUGGACUUGUUAUGGUUGUAGCUGAUCAUAAAUUCCACACUGAAUGUUUUUCAUGUGGAAACUGUCAGCAAUUUUUGGGAGAAGAAGACGAUUACAUUCUUGUUGAACGACAUAGACUGACAUGCUGUAUGUGCUUCACAAAAGGACAAGAAGAGUCUUGGUGGGACCCUUCUUUGCAUGCUGUUCAUCACUUAAAUCUGAAUCCUGGAGCUUUGAGCAAGCAUAAAAUUGAAGUAGAAAUUUUGAAGAGAGAAAGAAAGAGGUCUCUAAAGUCUAGAGGUUUGGAGAAAGAACCUGAGAUGUCUCUUGUGAUCAACGGGAUUAGAACAACCACAAAGUCACAGAGUUGUGAUACAUUAAAUAUCCUGAUUGGAGAUGUGGUACUGGAGGUCAACAAAGUUUUUGUGUCUCCCUCUACUAUUGACAAGGUUGCUACUCUCCUGAUGUCCCAAUCAAAUGAGAUUACUGAAAUUACACUUGAACGAAAUGCAAGUGGACUGGACCUGAAACCCAAACAGUGCAGACUGCUCAGUGUUGAUUCUGACUUUGAAUCUGAGGCAGCUGCUGAAGAUAAAAGCUUUCGUAAUAGGUCCAUAUCUCUGUUUUCCAGAAGGGAACUACGGCGCUGUCAAACAUCAGCAUCCUCAGAAAACCCCCCUCUGAUUAAUGGGGAGGGAGAUUCUUUGAAAGAUGCUAGUGGAAAGAAGACAUCGAAGCCUGCUAUGCGAUCAAAUUCACUUCCUAGAAGCAAUUCAUUGUCUGACAAUUUCAAGUUACGAUCUGCAAUUCACAGAGCUCAGUCAUUCAAGUCAGAGACUGCUGCUAACAGGGUCUUCAGGCCUUGUGAUCUGAUCAUUGGAGAUGUGAUUGGAAAAGGCUUUUUUGGACAAGUUAGAAAGGUGACACAGAGUCAGAGUGGAGAGGUUAUGGUGAUGAAAGAGCUUCUCAAUUAUGAUGAGACAGCUAAAGUCAGCUUUUUAAAAGAGGUUGCUUUGCUAAAGAGUUUAAAUCAUCCUAAUGUACUGCGGUUUAUAGGGAUUUUGUACAGAGACCAGACCUUGAACUUGAUUACUGAGUAUAUAUGUGGUGGUACAGUGCGUCAAGUCCUAAAGGAUAAGGGUAAACAACUGCCAUGGUUACAGAGGAUUAGGUUUGCAAAAGACAUAGCGGCAGGAAUGGCUUACCUCCAUUCAAUGAACGUCAUGCACAGAGACUUAACCUCAAAGAAUUGUCUGGUUGAAACCGACAAGGAGUCAGGUGAUAUGUCAGUGGUUGUGGCCGACUUUGGCUUGGCUCGUGUGGUUAGAGACAGACCCUUAUCGCCUCUUGAUCGGAUAUCAUCGACCAUGCCUCCCUCCCCUGGACAAAAAUCACUUAGCUCUACCGGCAACAGACCGCCUCCUCCGAAGAAAAGGUACACAGUGGUGGGUUCCCCGUACUGGAUGGCUCCUGAGAUGUUGUUGGGAAUGACGUACAAUGAAAAGGUCGACGUCUUCUCAUUUGGGGUUUUAACAUGCGAGAUAAUUGGCCGAGUAAAGGCUGAUCCAGACUACCUCCCUCGAUUAUCAAAUUUUGGAAUUGACGAAGAGAAAUUCUGUAAAGAGUUUUGCGAGGGAUGUCCCGAGUUAUUUUACAAAAUAGCUUUCCUUUGCUGCGAUCUGGACUCAGACAAGAGACCCGAGUUUUGUGAUCUGGAGAAGUGGUUCGAGUCCUUACUACUUCAUAUAGAAGUUGGUUUACCUUUACCAUCUGACAUGAAGUUCACUCUUCUACCCGCCACUCUCAUGAGAAAAAUCAGUGAAAGUAACGAAAGAAGUGAGAAGACAUGAACGAGGCCGUUCCUCAAUCGUAGCCAAAGCUUUCAGGAAAAGAUGGAUUGCACAAAACGACAAUCGUUUGCCUCUGCCGAAGCUUGUCUUUGGGAAAUUUUCAGAGCACUGCAGCAGCUUGGAUUCCUUCCCUCUCGACAACUUUACCAUUUACGAAGUUUGGAAAGGAUUCGACCGACCCAUAUUCAGCCUAUCCUACUGGGCUUCCUGUGGCGAGCUUAACUGUCCUGUGAAUAUACCUUGGUGGAUUCUACUUAAUGUGAAUAUACCUUGGUGGAUUCCUCAAAACUAGCAGAGAUUACAAUCUCUGCUAGUUUUGAGGCUUCUGUCUGUUUGCCCUCACCCUCACCAUCACCAUCACCCUCUUGGGUGAAAUGUACGAAUGUGACGUUCGCACGUGCUGUUCCCUUUUAAAGGAAAGUAGCUUGAUCGUUGACACUGAAAGAGACAAAACAAUGCGCGUAACUACAGUCGUUUUUCUCAGUUUCUACGUCUCUAGUCGCAUUCUUAAAGUCGUGAACUCCUUGGAUUGUAAAUUGAAUGACAAGGGUGUGUGAGAAAUGGAUGAUUCUUGUCACUUGAUCGGCCGGUUGAAAGAAAACACUUCACGAUAUCGACAAAACGAACGAGUUGCGGCUCAAACUGAGAUGGACAUUCCUCAAACUGGUUCCCGUGGCUCUGAGAACUAGAUGGGUAAUUCCGGAAAAAUAAAUGAAUUUGAUAUUCGAACAGAGCACAUUGUCCUACACCGCUAAAUUGUAAUUGGGUUUAUUUUUUUCAUUCUCCUUUUACAGAAGCACGCACUGACUAUCAACAAUUGUGAUACCGCGUCAAUUUUCUGACGUGGGAUAACCAAUCGUCUGAGAAUUUUGUUAUUUACUUUUCCACCGGUCACAAUGACCGGUCGUGUGUCACCGAAGGUUAAUAAAAUCAAGAGUUAUAACAUCUA